AUGUUAUAUAUAUUCUACUUAGUUAAGAUCACUACAAUCUCCUUAACAGAUAUUUAUCAUCAAAAGAAUAAAUUAACUAAAGUUUUCAAAUUAUUAUUAAAAAUGUCCUCCGUUCCAACUACCACAUCUAAUAUCAUUACAAUAUCUGAAAGAUACACAAUCAUUGAUAGAUUCUUAAUCCACACUGAAAAGAAGAAUGGAAAUGUCAUUCGUAAGAUUGUUGAUGCUAAUUUUCGUAAAGGUUUUAUUAGGGAUGAUGAAAGAACAGAAAUUGAAAAAUAUGACUUAAUCAAUUUAGAUGAAUUACGUGAAACAAAUAAACAUUCUGAAAUGAUUCCUUGCUACUCAACCGAAUUGUUUGAUUAUUGUGACACCAUUACAAGACGUUACUAUUGGGACAAUAGGAAUUUAGUAUUGUUUACAGAUCGUAGUAAGAAGGAGAAAGAAAGAGAAACUAAAACUUAUACGGUCAUCCCACUUAGAAAACGUCAUAGUGUUAUCAAGUAUCUCUACUAUAAGAAGAUUAAUGGUGCAGCUAUUUAUUCAGAACAUUGCUCUUUGACAACUAAUAUCAAUCGUGUUGUGACCGAUUUUUUUACGGAAUUUAUGAAUGUAUAUGAAAUGGAUAUUUGUGAUAAUGAUUUAAAUAUCUUAAAAGACUUUGGUGAAUACUAUUUUGAAAUGAAAAAAGAAUCAAUUAAUAUUUUGAAUGAAAUGUAUUCUAAUGUCAGAAAGAAUAAUGCCUGUAUAGAAUCAACUAGUUCUUUUUCGAAUCCUGCUAAUCGAGAACCAUUCCCAAAGAAGUUGACCGGCAAUACAUUAAAGUUAUAUGGAACAAGGUUUGCCAACUUCCUAUAUAUGAUUGAGGUAUUUCCAAGAUUAGAAUUAACUAAAAAUAUACCUAUUCCUUCUUAUGAUUGUUCUGACAAUCUAAUUACCAAGAUUAGUAAAAUAUUUUAUGCUAUUAUUACUGGUGAUGUAAAAUAUAGGGAAUUCCUACAAUUGAUGAUCCGUCUAUCCUGUUUUGAUUGGAAUAAACCAUGUAAGAGGUUACCUCCUACUAUAUCGUACGAGAAGUUUCGGUAUUUCUUAGAUUCCUUGAAAUGUUGGACAGCUUACGCAACUCUAUUCCGUAGUGUUCAAUUAAAGAAUAUUUCAAGUACGUUAGUAUUAUUUACAUCUUCUAACGACUCUGAUCAAAGCAUGACCUACUGUUUAAUUAAAGAUACUUAUAAGAAUCUGCUCAAAGAAAUAACCGAUGUUUCUGGACAUUUCUUUAUACCUCUAGGUCCUGGGAAAUAUUUGUUAGAUGGUAAGGUAUUUCAAAAAGAAUAUUUAGUUGAUCUUUAUAGCGACGCUAAACAUUUGUUCGAUAGUAAGUUAAAAGAUCUAGGUCAUUAUUACAAAGAUCUUCUAGAUAUAUCUGUGGUGGCAGAAAUGACAAUCAAAUCCCCCAAAUGUGUUCCCUUUGAAAGAAGAGAUCAGCCAAAGAUAAGUAUUACUGAUUUGUUUAACAGAGAUACUAAGUUAUCUGUAAUUCCAACAAUUGGUUCCUAUACUGAAGAUGAUAAUAAUAGAAUAAUUAAUCUUAUUGUCGAUUGUCUAACUUGUUUAAUGUUGAUGAUCUACAUUUCAUCUGGUGGUCCAUAUAGGUUUCCAGAAAUGAGAGUACUUAAGUUUGCUGGUAAUGCAAGAAAUCUGUUCAUUAAUCCUGUUGAUAAAACAGUUGAGCUCAUUACUACUUAUUCAAAAAAUAAAUCCCGUAUUCCUAUAUGCAAGGUCGUCGAUGAGUUGGCUUCAGACUAUAUUAUCUACGCAAUUUUGGUUUUAUUUCCCAUUAUGCGUCUGCAUAGUCAUGAGAUGAACUAUGUUAUGAAUCGUGAUUUACUAAAUGAAAUAAGUUCAGAGAGUAACUUGGAUCCAGACGUUAUUAAUCUCACACCUCAACAAGAUUUAAGUGAUGAAGAAUUCACUUCUCAAGUAUUAGAUUCUUAUUUAUUUGUUGAUCCGAUUAGAGGGACUUUGAUCGAUUAUAAUAAGUUUAGUUUCCUUAUUAAACACUAUCCUUCAUGCGAACUUGAAAACUUACGCUAUAAUUUUAGGGCCUUAAGACAUGCAAUUAUUGGUAUUCAAAGAUAUGAGUUAUCUGUCGAUGAUACCGGUAUGCGUAUUGAUCCAGCAGUCGCAAGACAGGCUGGUCACUCUUUGUCGACAGACAUCCAGAGAUAUGGCGUUAAUUCUACGGGUAUGGCAGGAUAUCAAAAUACCACAACAACAAUAUAUGGAUAUUUCAUUUCCAAAUCCUGGAUAAAAUUACUGGGUCUUGGAUAUGAAGUUUCAAAUUUGGUUCCUAAAGAUGUAAAAUUAAAUAAAGAGAAGCCUAAUUUCCUAGUAAGUGGUAACAUGAAAGGCAUUAUUGCUAAAUGUGAUGAAAUUUAUGGAGACUUAUUUAAGAUUAAACCAGAACAGAUGGAACUUUGUGUUGAUGUUUGUUUUGGUUCCUCUGAUAUUAUUCCAGUGCAAGCACUUCCUGGAUUUGGUAAAACGGCUAUUUUUGAAAUACCUUUAAAUAUUAUUUCCACUAGCAAAAGGAAUAAGCAUUUUGUUUCUUUUGUAUUUGUGCCAUAUAGCUGUCUUUUAGACGAUAUUAUGGAUCGUUUUAAGCUGUCUGGUACUUUGAAAAUUGGUGAAGUUAAAGAUAUUCUGCGCAAUCGUGGAUUUUGUGGUGAAUCAGAGCUUACCUGUGACGUUUAUUUUGGAACUUUUCAUGACUUCGGAAAAGAACAGUUCUUGAAUUUAAUCAAUAAUUGGUAUGACAUUUUUCAGAACACUAUACUUGGUAUGGUGAUUGUCGAUGAAGCUCACAAUCUUGUUUGUGAACAGGAAUAUCGUAUGGACUCUUUUUUUAAUAUUUCUAAUAUCUGUUUUGACAAAGCUUGGAAAGUUUUACUUCUGUCUGGUACUGUCGGGAAGAGUAUGAUGGGAGAAGUGACUAAAUUUUUGGGAUAUAGGCAAGAUUUGACCUAUGAUGUUACUGAUAACAAAAAUAUUCUUUGGUAUAAUUUUGUUAAGAAUGUUCCUUUAAGUAGAAUAGAUAAGGAAUUCAUUCUUACUAAAGACAGAUCUGAAUCCAUUACUUUGACUUUGCAAUUGGUUGAAGGAAUUAUUAAGAGUAUUGAUAAUCCCAAAAUCAUUCUUGUUCGUAAGGAAAGGGAAAUGGUGGAGAUUAUAAAUCAAAAUUUGGUUAAUAACAAUAUUUCUUCUUGUUAUGUUCAUGGAAAAUUAACAUCUGAAGAAAAAACCAUUUCAUUCAACAGAUUCAAAAAGAACAAAGAAAAAAAAAUUCUUGUUGGAACUAAAUUGGUUUCAGAAGGUAUUAAUAUUCCAGAAUUGAAAUAUGUUAUUUUGGUUAAUUAUCUUCCUCAAAUUCACGAAUAUAUCCAGACUGCUGGAAGAAUUAGAGGGGAGAGUGCAUGUAUUACACUGUGGAAUGAAGCAUGUAGAGAUGAAUUCUCCAUCAAUUCCAAGUGUAUCGUGAGCCAAAUGAGUAGUUUCUAUGGUCUAGCAAAUAUAUCUGAGCAUGAAUCUUGUUGUGGUUCAUAUAAAUUUUUGAAUAAUAAUAAUAAUGAUAGGUUGUUGGAAGUGUUAGGUAAGAAGAAGGGAAAAAAAAUUAACGGGUUGAUAGAGGAAAGAAAUGAAAUUAUUAAAUCGAGUGUUGAGGAAGUUAUUAGAAAGAGAAAAUUUUGUACAUCAGGAACGAAUGAAAUGAUUCCUUCAAAUAAAAAGUUUCAUAAUGAAAUGGUCAAAAAUAAUAUUAAAGUUACUUUGAAAGAAGAUUUACAUGCAAAAUUUAAAAAUGCACGUAAUAUUUUUGAAUUCUUAGGAAUUACUGGAAAUUCUAAGUCAGCUUUGAUUGCUGAUGGUGUCGAACAAUCCUACUUUGAUUUUCUUCUUUAUGAUUCUGAUUUUGUUUAUUAUGAUUCUGAUUUAUGUUCUGAUUGUACAGGUACUGAUGGUAUCUGUUACUGUUGGGACAAAAAAUUCACUCUAAAGCAAUGUGGUAUUAGCUGUUUUGCUUUUAUGAAAAUGGCUAUGACUGAUGAAAUGUUUUCAGCUAAAAUAAAUAAAUUAACGAAUUCAAGUCUAUUAGAAAGAACACUAUCUUUUGUUGAAAGAAAAUCUUCCAUGAAAGAGUUAUUUAAGACAAAUCUAUCUGGAUAUUGUAAAUUUGUGACCAACGGGAAUAUUCUCGAAGUGAAUAAAUCUCUUGAUUUCAGAUUAAUUGUAUCAACUUAUAACUGGCAGUGGAAAAAGCUUAAGGAUGAAAAGUUAGAUGUCUUUUGGUAUUUCUAUGAUGGGUCAUGUCGUGAUGCUACAACAUUAUGGGACGAACCAUAUGAAGUAUAUUAUAGGAAACUUGUUCGAUCGAAAUUCAGCGAUUAUGCAAGCGUUUCAUUUAAGGCCACUGAGGAUACCAGUUUUAAAUUUUUUAAAUCACUAUUUAAUUUCAAAAAAGUUAGUGAAUGUUCAAACUAUAAUGAAAUUGAAGAUAUGAGGGAACGUUCGAAAUUUGGUAAUAUUGACUUAGAUUUGUUUGUUAUUGAUAAUAAGAAAUUUCUAUUGAUGAUACUUGGUCUCUCUAUAAUGUUACAUCUCGAAACAUUUUGA